AUGGAGUAUGGUUUGCUCGCAAUCAGCGAGGCCUCCCGCUGCAAAGAGGUGGACAACCAGUUCCUGUUCUCCAGCAGGUCUUCACCAGACUUGGCAGCGGAUCUCCGAAGAGAGGGCGUUCCAGAAGGAGAAGGCGCUGGUCAGGCUGGCUUUCACAAGGACAACUGCGGCAUUCUGUGGCACAAGGAUACGGUGGCCAACCAAGAGUCCCCUCAAUCAGACGUGCCAACGUGCUAUGAGGCCUGCUGUGAUGCGCGACUUGUCUUCCGCAAGCUUGCAUCCAUUUUCCAUUCAGCUCUUGGCCAUGGUGACCUAGGCAUCGAAGAUCCAGGGUUCCACGACCCAGCAAAUGCUGUCAUCAUUUUUGAUUGGGAUGAUACGCUUUUGCCCACAACGUACAUUUUGGGAACCAUCAUACCAAGCUUGGCUGAAGAAGACAGAGCUGGUGUCCUUCCUGAGAGCUCUGAGUACAAGGAGCAGCUUGCAGCUCAUGCUCACUUAGUGUCUUUCUUGCUACGCGCCGCUCGACGGGUAGCGAGGGUGGCCAUUGUCUCAAACUCUUUAAGCCCAUGGGUGCAAGCUUCAGCUGCGCGCUACUUGCCCGGUGUUGACUUCGAAGCCUUGUUCGAAGAGCUCGAUUUGCCAGUGUACUACUCCCGGCAGCAUUUGUCCAACAUUCCUGUCACCUACAAGGUGGACAAUUGGGAAGUCAACCUUGACCGGAGAACAGGUGGGCGAAUCGGUGUCGACAUUAUCCGAGAAUUCGAUGGAUCAUUAGCUGUCGCAAAGAUCGAGGAGGGCGGCCUAAUGGAUCAAUGGAAUCAAUCCUAUCCAGACCAAGCAGUUCAGCCGGGAGAUCGCUUUGCUGAGGUCAAUGGGAACACGGAGUCCUUAGCGGCUGAGUGCCGAAAGCUCCAGGAGUUGAAGAUCACGGUCUACCGAGCUGUGCCAGAUCGAGAUCCAUAUGUGGAAGCCAAGCGGAUUGACAUGACAGCUUGCUUGGACAAAUUUUAUGGCCGCCAUGUCAAGUGGCAACAGAACGUUUUAUCGAUUGGUGAUGCAUGCACAGAGCAGCAAGCAAUCAAGGAGGUUUUGCAUGACAAUGCUGAGUCAAGCAGACCACAACCUUUAUGCAAAACCGUCAACUUGAUUGACACGCCAACGCUUGAACAGCUCAGCAAUGAGCUGAGAAUCCUUUUGGUUUGGCUGUCUAAAAUGGUGCAAUAUCCAAAGGACUUUGAUUUGUUUAUGGACGAGCUUGGAGCCCAGAGCAAGGGCUGUCACGACCAAACCCUGCAGUUCGCUUGCCGCUGUUGCCCCGCUUGCCGCUUUGGCAUGUGCUUUCGACUUUGA